GAAAACCGGAAGUUGUUUUUAUGUUUUAUUCCUGCGGACUUGACACUGAUUGGGUUUAUCGAGUGAAAGUGUUGCUGUGCAAAAUCUAGCUACACGCUAGAUCUGUCAAAUAACAAAUUAGUGUCUCGGAGACACAGGACCUUCGCCGUCGUCGUUAGGCUACGAUCUGCUAAGAUGACAGAGCUAAGGCACCGUGGAGCCAAAGACACCGACCCAACGUUACAGCAGCAGCCGUCAGAGGACAAGGGUUCAGACAGUGAGCUGAAGGUGGAAAAAGAUGGGGCGUCAGACGGCGAGUCCAAGGUGGACCCAGGCGUCCCAGAGGUGCCGGCCCCUGCUGAUGACACCCCCGAGGUUCUAAACAAGGCCCUGUCUGGACUCUCUUCAAGAUGGAAGAACUGGUGGGUCCGAGGCAUCCUCACACUAGCCAUGAUCUCCUUCUUCUUCCUCAUCAUCUACCUGGGCCCCAUGGUGCUUAUGAUGAUCGUCCUCUGUGUUCAGAUCAAGUGCUUCCAGGAAAUCAUCACCAUUGGCUACAGUGUGUACCACUCCUACCACCUGCCCUGGUUCAGGACGUUGAGCUGGUACUUCCUGCUGUGUGUGAACUACUUCUUCUAUGGUGAGACUGUGACAGAUUCCUUCUUCGCACUGGUGCAAAGGGAGGAGCCGCUCCGCAUCCUCAGCAAAUACCACCGAAUUAUCUCCUUCGCCCUCUAUCUCACAGGUUUCUGCAUGUUUGUGCUGAGUCUGGUGAAGAAACACUAUCGUCUUCAGUUCUACAUGUUUGGUUGGACCCAUGUGACUCUGCUGAUUGUGGUCACUCAGUCUCACCUUAUUAUUCACAACCUGUUUGAGGGGAUGAUCUGGUUCAUUGUGCCAAUUUCCUGCGUGAUCUGUAACGACAUUAUGGCCUACAUGUUUGGUUUCUUCUUCGGCCGCACCCCUCUCAUCAAGCUGUCACCUAAGAAGACAUGGGAGGGAUUCAUCGGUGGACUGUUCUCCACCAUUGUGUUUGGCAUCAUGCUCUCCUAUGUGAUGGCCGGCUGCCGCUACUUUGUGUGCCCGGUGGAAUUCAACACCAACUCCAAUAGUUUCCAGGUGGAAUGUGAGCCGUCUGAGCUUUUCCAGCUCCAGGACUACGCGCUGCCCAGCGUCCUGGAGUCUGUCACUGGAUGGACCACAGUGCGUCUCUAUCCUUUCCAGAUCCACAGCAUCGCUCUCUCCUCCUUCGCCUCCAUCAUGGGACCUUUCGGCGGCUUCUUUGCCAGCGGCUUCAAAAGAGCCUUCAAGAUCAAGGAUUUUGCCAACACCAUCCCGGGCCAUGGUGGCAUCAUGGACAGAUUCGACUGCCAGUACCUCAUGGCCACAUUUGUGAAUGUCUACAUUGCUAGCUUCAUCAGGGGCCCCAACCCCAGCAAGGUGAUCCAGCAGCUCCUGGCCCUCCGCGUCGAUCAGCAGCUCCACAUCUUCAACUCGCUGAAGGCUCACCUGACAGAGAAGGGCCUGCUGCCGGCGCUCCAGGAGGCCACCGCCUAGAGCCCCCCCAACACCCACACCAGCUGGCCCUGAGAGGGGGACCAGAGAGGAGGGCAGCAACCCAAGGGCCCAGUGAAGCCCAGGAGCUCGGGGAAACUCGCUGUGUGUGUGUGUGUGUGUGUGUGUGUGUGUGUGUGUGUGUGUGUGUGUGUGUGUGUGUGUGUGUGUGUGUGUGUGUGUGUGUGUGUGUGUGUGUGUGUGUGUGUGUGUGUGUGUGUGUGUGUGUCAAAACACAUCCAAGAAAACAAAAGUACAGCCUUGGGUCAUUCCAUUUCAUUUGGGUAUGAGAGUGUGUUUGUAUUCAUUCAGUCUGUGAAUCAUGUUUCUGAGCACCAUUGCUUUUCAGGUUGAGUUAGUGAAUUACUCUACCUUUUGUUACACAUUUCCAUUACAGCACACUGUAUGUAUCCACACUGUUGAACAACACGUUGGUCAGCUGUUCAUUUCUACCUGUACACAGGAUAUCCUCUAUAUACCUAUUAAUGUGUGUUAAUAUUUUAUUGUACUUUUUUGUUUUAAUGUACUGCUCUGAACCCUGUUACUCACUGUAUUGUUACCCCAGCUGCACCCCCCCACCCCCUCCCCAAAUUUAACUUUUAAUUUUCGUUGUUGUGAUUGUUUCUAUUUAUACAUAGAUUGAUUUUAUAUUUGGUAUGUUCUAUUCUAUCUCAAUGUUGUGUCUGUUUUAUUCAGACUGAAUUCAACUUUACCAUCUGCCCCCGUGCAUUUAAUGUGUGUUUUCCCCCGUGUUUUUGCUGCCAUUCACCAUUUAAAAGAAAA